AUUGGAGACAAUCGUAGAACACGUGUCGCAAUUUAACUUACAACGUAGGCGUACUGUCUGAACAUGUGUACGAGGAAAGCGUGUGUUUACUGUUUGUUCACCUUCUUGUGCAGUUGCAUCUCUCGACUCGACGGAGUCGAACCGAGCCCUACAGAUUCUGAGAGCUUCAGGAAUCUUGAGAAUAUUAUCUCUUUCGUGCUGGACAGAUUGAGCGUUGUAUAUUACAGCAAUAAUUUGUAUAGAUGGGUGCGCAUUAAGAAAAUUACGUCCAAAGAAGUCGCAAGCUUGGCUAUGCUGGACUGCUUGACCAGUGAUGAAGAUGAGAUAAAGAGCGAACUGGGACUUUCAAUCGAUAUCUCUAAGUACGACGUUACCGCGUUGUAUCUGCGUGAAGUCAACAGUUUACUGGAGGAACAGGUCGCAUUUGCGAACGGCGUGGCAGCGGUUCUGGAAAAAUUGAGGAAGCUACAGCCGAGUGAUCGAUAUGCACACACGGUGCAGUUAUUAGGGUAUUAUUUCUUAGGUUUCAAUUACGAGAGCUCUAUUCUGGAGUACCACGAAGAACUUGCGAGUCAUGAUUAAGCAGACUCAGUUGGAAAUAGAAAUUGCCAAAUUUUGUUUUCUUAUAGAAGAACUUUCUGUUAAAAAUUGGUGGAAACAAUCCUUUUUUUUUACGUGUGGAAAUCCUUUAUGGAUA